AUGGUGCCCUCGAAGAAGCUCAAGAAAGGAUGGCCUACUGCAAAACCAAAAAGUCAGCCUCUGGACAUCGAGGAGAUUCUAGCGAGGAAGAAGGCCGCCGAUGCAGCUGCCAUGAAGCCAAAGUUCUUGUCGCGUGCCGAGCGUGAGAGGAUAGCUAAGGAGAAGCUCGACAGGGAGGCUGCAGAUGCAAGGAAGAGGGCAGAGGUUGAGCGCGAUUCUUUCAACAAGCCGCAGCCUGGUCGUGGCCAUGCUCAAAUCAACACGGGCAAUAAUCGCACCAUGGACGGUCGCCCAGCCAUUCCCACUGGUCCCAGGAGUCAGAGAGGCGGCCAACCUCCUUCAGGUCCCUCUGGAUGGAGGAACAAGGAUCAGCACAACAGAGGCUACGACAUGGCUCCUCCGCCGCCUCCCAAACAGACUGCCAUUAUCAACGGCAACCAAACCGUGAAGAAGCCCACCGUAGAAGAGGCCGCCCAAGCCUCGAUUCGCCAAAGAUAUAUGGGAGCAGACCAAAAUCAAUCAACCUUCUCGGCAAAAAAGAAGCGCAAGCGAACCACCGAGAAAAAGUUCAACUUCGAAUGGAACGCAGAAGAAGACACAACUGCCGACACCGAUCCGCUAUACAAGGAUAGAGCUGCUCCUGCUACCAGGCUCGGGGGAUAUGCAGAUGGAGACGAGACGGCUGCCGAAAAGUACGCAAAACUGCUGCCGACACUUGACCCCGAAACCGGAAAACAACGAGCACAACAGAUUCUGGACAUGAAGGAACGGACAAAGGCUCACGAGAGCCGCAACGCCAUCGACAAGCACUGGAGCGAAAAAGAGCUUACUCAGAUGCGCGAACGAGACUGGCGCAUCUUCAAGGAAGAUUUCAACAUUGGCACAAAGGGUGGAUCUAUCCCAAAUCCUAUGCGUUACUGGCAGGAGUCUGGGUUGCCCAACCGACUAUUGCAGGUUAUUGACCAGGUUGGCUACACGGAUCCUUCGCCAAUUCAACGAGCAGCUAUCCCUGUGGCUCUGCAAGCACGAGAUCUCAUCGGUGUUGCCGUGACUGGUUCUGGUAAAACUGCCGCGUUCCUCCUACCUCUCCUUGUUUACAUUUCCGAACUGCCUGCUCUCAAUGAACUCACCAAAAACGACGGUCCUUACGCCAUUAUCCUCGCACCAACCCGUGAAUUGGCACAACAGAUCGAGAUUGAGGCAAAGAAAUUCGCAACACCUCUAGGCUUUACUUGUGUGUCCAUCGUUGGUGGUCACUCUAUCGAAGAACAGGCAUAUAACCUCCGCAAUGGAGCCGAAAUCAUCAUUGCUACACCCGGUCGUCUGGUUGACUGUAUCGAACGUCGCGUUCUCGUUCUCUCCCAAUGUUGUUAUAUCAUCAUGGAUGAAGCCGAUCGCAUGAUCGAUCUCGGCUUCGAAGAACCUGUCAACAAGAUUCUCGAUGCCCUACCUGUAGGCAACGAGAAACCAGACACGGACGAAGCAGAAAAUAGUCAAGCUAUGCAGAUGCACGUCAGCGGAAGAGGUCGUUACCGCCAGACUAUGAUGUACACAGCCACCAUGCCUGCGGCUGUUGAACGCAUCGCGCGCAAAUACCUCCGUCGCCCUGCCAUUGUGACCAUCGGAAACGUCGGCGAAGCAGUAGACACAGUCGAACAACGUGUCGAGUUCGUCUCUGGCGAAGACAAGCGUAAGAACCGACUCCGCGAAAUCUUGUCCAGCAGAGAAUUCGCACCCCCGAUCAUUGUCUUUGUCAACAUCAAGCGCAACUGCGACGCCGUGGCCAAAGACAUCCAACGGAUGGGAUACUCAGCCGUCACGCUACACGGUUCCAAAACACAAGAGCAGAGAGAAGCAGCGUUGCUCUCUGUCCGCGAAGGCAAAACAGAAGUGCUCGUCGCCACCGACUUGGCUGGUCGUGGUAUCGAUGUCCCCGACGUAUCUCUGGUCGUAAACUUCAACAUGGCUACCAACAUCGAAUCCUACACCCAUCGUGUUGGUCGUACCGGUCGUGCUGGAAAGUCUGGUGUGGCUAUCACGUUCCUUGGACCAGAGGAUAAUGAUGUAUUGUAUGAUCUGAAGCAGAUGCUGGGUAAGAGUUCAAUCUCGAGGGUUCCAGAGGAGCUGAGAAAGCAUGAAGCGGCGCAGCAGAAGAGCCAGAGGGGCGGAAACAGAAAGCCUGUGGAGGAGAGCACUGGAUUCGGCGGAAAAGGCGGCGGAUGGGCUUAG